AUAGACCGCGAAGAGCCUCAUCCUCGAUGCCCGAAUCGAUACAUCCGGGAGACGUGGAUUCCGUCGUCUGGUAGGGUUUAAAGUGUCCGAUCGGUCCUGGGGGCAUAUUUCUCUCCGAACAUGAACUGGGGAUAUCACUGCAGUCGACAGCUUACCCCAGACGGUGUUGGCUGAUUGCGGACCAAUCGAGCACGCAACUUUUUUGGUUUUAUCUAAAAUUACUUGCUAGUAAUGUCCCAAGACUCAAAUGACUACUAUCUCGGGGGGCAUGGUCAUGAUUCAAGACGUCGUGGUGACCGUCGGCCUGGAUCAGAUUCUCGACACUAUGCCUAUGCCUCCCAGUACAAGGAUGUGGACCCUUCUUGGACCCAGCCACUGCAGCCACACCCUUCUUCCUAUCAUGAAGGAUAUCCCAGCAUACAUCCGACUACUAGUGACCGUACCACCCCACGCCAUCGUCCAGAGCUUCCCGAACAGGGUAUGGUGGGCCAGUACCCCCAACAGUAUGCAUCUGACAUGAGUAGCGCAAGCAACUACACUCAUGAACCAACUUAUCGAGAAGGGUACGGUAGUAGCGCAAGCAACUACACCCGUGAACCAACCUAUCGAGAAGAGCACGGAUCUUACCCGACAGGCCAUGGGUUUUCUGCCGCAUACCCAAGGCACCAGCCAAGCCAGACGGGACGUUCCGAGCCUCACGAAUGGGACAGAAGUCAAGGAUAUGGGGUGGCACCUAGCCAGAAUCAAUAUAUCCAGGACGCCAGCAGGGCCGCUACCUCGCCCACGCUCAAUCGGGGAAGUCAGGAUCAAAUCUCAACCCCGCCCAGCCGAGGAAGUGGGGGCUCUGACUAUCCAGUACCCGCCCCCAUUACACAACCUUCUAUGCGAAGGAUUCAGGGCGGUACGAGCGCAGAAAGCACACUUGAUCCGAGAUAUCAGGUACCAGGUGAUUCGAGGAACUUCUUCAAGCCUGGACGGGUGUUCUCAACCUUGUGGCAUGAAAGCCAAGGAUCGACCUACUCAAACAGGACUUUGCUCAGCGAGGGUCCAGUCUUUUACAGCAAGUAUGGAGAGCCAAUAUUCAGCCAGAUCCGUCGGAUGGUUGUCUACAAACAAAAUAGUCGAUGUUCUUGGUGUUUUGCGAUAUACACCUACAACGGUCAAGGUGUUGCGAAACGAGACGUGAACGUCCAAGACCACGCUGUUGUCUACAACCAGGGCUCAGAUCCUCGACCAGAUCCGCGGGAGCCUAGAAUGACGAAAAGACCAUUGGAAUUUGUGCCAUCCACACCGGAUCAAGCACUGGAUACCAUGUCCCGUCUGAACUUCGGGAAGAUCUACACGGUUGAACACAAUGUCAAAGUUCUGAAGGUGGGCCGUAUCAGCUCUAAGUCCAUGGCGACUUUCACGAAUUAUGCCAGAAGUUCGAUGCUGAGCGAAUAGAUCUUUGGGCUUUCGACUUCUACAUUUUUCCGUUUCCUAUAUUAAACGCCAGGUAAUGCUGUAGAGGUGUAGCAGCCUCGGAGACUUUUAUUUCUUCUUCUUAGCCCGCCCCCUACUAACAUACGUCCCUCAACGCUGAGAACAAAAUGAACUCACUAUCGAAUACGACUGCCAGAAGAUCACUGCUGCACCUGA